AUGGAAAAGUAAGUUUAUCUUUUAUAGCUCAUCAUUCAUCUGAGAAUAUAGUCGGGCCCAUUUUUAACCCGUUUGACACUAAUUUCAGCAAAUUGUUAGCCGACUACGAACAGCAAUUUGGUGUGACCAGCGCAGAGAUCACAUCGAAAAUCAGCAGACUCAGUCAUAUUACAGCCGGCAGUGAGUAAUAAAACGUGUACAUCCAUAUGUUGAUACCCAGUGACUAAUUAGGCGUGUCUACUAUUUUUCAUUCGCUUAGACGACAGGAAUGAUUAUGUCAAAGAGAUCGAACGCAAUCUCGAUGAGGUACACGAUUUGGUAUGUACUAGUCACAAACAUUCACUUAUUAUUUUGUGGUUUUUUUAAAACUCAAAUGAUGAAUGUUUUGAAAUUUCAAGCUGGAACAAAUGGACCUGUCGGUUAAAGAAUCUGAUGUUUCUGUCCGCGCCAAGCUUCACAAUCGAGUAGCCAGUUACAGGGCUGAACUACACAGAUUGGCCAAAGACUUUGCCCGAGCGAAAUGUACAGUCAACAUUGAUUUGGGUAUUAUUAUAUUAAUAUUUUAUUGGGUUUACAAUAUUACUCGUGUCUUACUAAUGUAUAUGUUUCAUUAUUGUAGAAGAGGAUAAUAAUUUUGCUGAAAGUGAAGAUGUGACUUCUGAACAAAAACAGCGGUUAUUAUAUACAUCUGAGCGUUUAAAUCGAUCUGGAAUACAAUUAGAUAACACUUAUCGUAUUGCUGUGGAGACUGAGGAGAUUGGUUCACAAAUAUUGACAGAUUUAAAUCGUCAACGAGAAACUAUGCAAAACUCAUUUAAUAGAGUAUGUUUUUUUUUAAAAAUUGAUCCACUAAUAAUUGAUUGAUCAUAUUUAAUUUAUGUUGCAGCUCAGAGAUGCAAAUGCAGACCUCGGCAGAAGCACCCGAAUGAUCAAUGCCAUAAUUGUACGUUCUAGACAACACAAACUCAUACUGUUUGGAGUUAUGGCAGCAUUUUGUUUCCUCUUGGUUUUUGCUUUUUACCAUACAUUUCUUUAAAAUUACAUUCCCAUUUCAUAGGUCCAACUUGUUUUUAUUUUGUUAUUGUUUGUUU